GCUGGCUCCAACAGCAAUCUGCUCGAGCAAAAGGACCGCCUCCGUCGCCAGCUCUCUGUCCUCCGGGCGAUCUGGGCAAUCUGCGCGUUCUCUCUUCACACGAGGUCGCCUCUGCAAAGUCCAUUUGGAGAAGCUGAUGUGGACAAUGCGCUGCUUGGCUCAAAGUUUCUUAAUGUCGACGAAGUGCAGAGCAUGAUCCACGACGUCUCCGCUCUGAUCCGUCUGAACGUGAUCGAGUCUCAGAGCCAGCAACAGGACCACACACCGACGAG